AUGGGAAACCUUUUUCGAAAGUCUAAUUCAUGUCAAAAUUCAGUCAAUUUAAACAAUGGACUGGAUGAUAAUACACUUGUAAAAUAUCUCAAUGUCAACCGACCAAAUUUUUACGAGGCAAAUUUUCUAACAGUCUAUCAAGCCAAAACUCGAGUUCCUCAUUCUCCAGUUUCACACGGCCUUGGGGUAGAUUUUCCAAAAGAAAAUAAAACACUAAGUCCAUUAAGCUUAUCAAAAACCAAUUGGCCUGUGCCUUUUUUUGAAUCAUUAUUUCUUCCCGAAUUUAAAAUAAGAGAAGAUGUGACUGAAGAUUCCUUUUCUAUUAUUGGAACUAUUUCUUCAGGAGCCUUUAGUAAUGUGUAUCAAGUAAAAAAGAACGAUGAUAAUAAAAUUUAUGCUAUGAAAGUUCUUUCGAAAGCUCAAUUGGUUGCAAAUAAUUUAAUCGAUCAAGUCAAAGAAGAAGUUAAAAUUCAAAAAGUUAUUGGUCAUAAUCCAUUUAUUGUACAUUGCCCUUAUCAUUGGCAAAGUAGAAAACAAUUGUACAUUGUUAGCGAGUUCAUUUCAGGGGGAGAAUUAUUUAAAUUACUUCAAGAAAAAAAUUUUUUACCUUUGGACAUUGUCAAGUUAUAUGUAGCUGAAUUAGCCAUGGCACUUGAUUUUUUACAUAAUGCUGGCAUUAUAUACAGAGACUUAAAAUUAGAGAAUAUUUUAUUAAAUAGCGAUGGACAUAUUCAGCUAAUAGAUUUUGGUUUAUCAAAAUGGUUAAAAUAUGGAAUGAGAACCAAUACAAUAUGUGGAACUUUACAGUAUAUUGCUCCUGAAGUUUUGCAACAGAAAUCAUAUAGUCAUGCUGUCGAUUGGUGGUCAUUAGGAAUCGUUUUAGUAUACAUGAUUUCCGGGCAGGUAAGAACUUUAAUAAAUAUUUUCUAUUGCAUUUCGAUUUGA